GCCUUUUUACCCUGCACAACUAGCUGAGCCAUCCUCUAAGCCAGAGCGCUGAGCAGUGAUACCCUGGACAGCGCUCACCCAAUCAGCUCCACAUUCUGCCAGCCAAGCUCCAAGUCUCUCCAGCAUGGAACACAUACAGAGGCUAGACCAUGAAGUAAAUGAAUUUGUCGACUAUUUGUUUGGGCCAAGGGAUCUGAGAGUUAGAGGAUGGUUUAUGCUGGAUUCCUGUCUUCCCACCCUUGCACUGACUAUCCUUUAUAUCCUAUCCGUAUGGUUGGGGACCAAAUACAUGAAGAAUAGACCAGCAUUUUCUCUCAGGGGCCACCUAAUUCUUUACAAUCUUGCAGUUACUUUGCUCUCCUUGUAUAUGUUAAUAGAGCUUAUUCUUUCUACAUGGGAAGGAGGAUACAACUUACAAUGUCAGAACUUAGAAAGUGCGGGAGAAGCAGAUGUGCGGGUGGCCAAAGUGCUGUGGUGGUAUUAUUUUUCCAAAGCAAUUGAAUUUAUGGACACCAUUUUCUUUGUUUUACGGAAAAAGAAUAGCCAAAUCACUUUCCUCCAUGUUUAUCACCAUGCCACAAUGUUCAAUAUAUGGUGGUGUGUUCUCAACUGGAUUCCAUGUGGACAAAGUUUCUUUGGACCUACCCUGAACAGUUUCAUCCAUGUUCUCAUGUAUUCCUACUAUGGCCUGUCAGUUAUUCCAUCCAUGCACAAAUACCUCUGGUGGAAGAAGUAUCUUACUCAGGCCCAGCUGAUUCAGUUUGUGCUCACCAUCUCUCACACGCUCAGUGCGGUGGUUAAACCCUGUGGGUUUCCUUUUGGAUGUCUAAUAUUCCAGUCAUCCUAUAUGACUACAUUGGUCAUAUUAUUUGUAAACUUUUAUCUAAAGACAUACAAGAAAUUGUCAAAAUCCGAUCCUAAUAGAACAGCAGCCAGCUUAGAUAUGAAGAACGGAUAUCACAAGGACUUAAUGAAUGCAAGCAAUGGUUUUGUGCACAAGAAACACAACUAGUAUACGAAGACUAUGAAAUAGAAGAUAAAGCCAGUUUACAUUUUUAUUUAAACAGGCUGAUAGGCUUCCUCUUAACUACUGACCAAAUCCAAUUUAUGUUCAAAGAUUUUUUUCAUAAUCAAUACCCCAAAUUAUUUUGAUAUGUAGGAUACAAUGGUAAAGCACCAGGUGCUUUAUUUUCUCUAAAUGUCAUCAUACCAAUAAUCAAGAUGAAAAGUAUUUUGAAUUGUAGUCCAGAAAAUGCCUUAUAACAGCCCACUGACAUUCUUUUACAUGUUUUAACAAUUUUUAAUUUAAUGUAGGCCUUUGUAUGCACUAAAAUUUAAAUUCUGUGAAAAGAAAGACUUCUUGCUUGAUACUUUAAGCUAACCAUUUAGAUUAUUCCUUUUAAUUAACUGUUCAGAAAUUUGAGUGCAAUUUGUGUAUAUAUACACAUAGAUAAGUGGUUUCAAUGCAUUGUUUGCGAUACUCUCAAGUUGAAUGUUUCUGAGCCUAUAAAGCACCGCCAAUUACAAUUGGGAAAGAUGACCUACCUAAAAAAUAAUGUAUUUUCUGUUUCAGUGGAUAUGUCCAUGUUGAAUCAUCCAAGGACUUCUUAACUCUUAGGAAAUCUGAUGACAAGCCUUGCCCCUCAAUUCAGUUAUCACUACUAUACCGCUGGACUGUCAUUAUUUAAUUGAUGAAGAUAUACAAAAAACAAAGUGAUCCUACCCAACGCUAUUCAUUUUUAUAAUACAGGAUUUAUAUAGCACCAACAGUUUGCGCACAUUGCUUUACAUUAUAAAGAGACAAUACAGCAACGUUACAAUUCAGUACAAGAGGCUUAGGAGGCCCCUGUUCCUGGGAGCAUACAAACUGAUAGGUAGGGGCUGCUAAAACAAAAUGUAAUAACAGAGGGAUGAACUGAUAAGAUAGGCUUCCCUAAAGAGGUGAGUUUUCAGGGAUUGCCUAAAAGUGGGCAGAGUAGGAAAUAGUCGGACAGAUUGGGCUAUGGAGUUCCAGGGGAUGGGAGAGGCUCUGGACAAGUCCUGUAAAUGAUUAUGGGAGGAGAAGACAAGGGAGCUAGAGAGCAGGAGGUCUUGGGGAGGAAUGGAGAAGAUGUUUUGAGUGAUAUUUGGAGGCAAGAUUGGUGAUGUAGCUCAGGGCAGCACUGUAAAAGGCUUUGUAUGUUAUUGGUAAUGUUUUGAAUUGUAUUCAUUGGGCAAUCAGAAGCUAGUGGAGGGAUUGACAGAGAGGAGUGGUAAGUUGGAUGAGUCUGGCAGUAGCAGUCCUUAUUGAAGAGGGGAUUGAUAGCCUGCGAACAAGUAGGCCUAUGAGGAGGUACAAAAGUCAAGUCGACAGAACAAGAAAGUGAAUAAAAAGCUUAGUGGUUUCAACAGUUUAAAAAGGGGCGUAUUUUGGAGACGUUACAGAGGUGAAGUCUACAAGAAUCGGGCAGUGAUUGGAUUUGGGGUUGAAAACUCUAUAGCAAUUGCUGGUGAAAUCACCAUGCAGAAAGAGUGGUGGAGGGAUCCUACAAGCUGAUUUUAGCCAAGAAUGGAUGAAGGCAGCAGCCAAUUAUGUACACCAGAAACAAAAAUAGUUGUUGCACAUGGACAUGUCAUUAAGGUUUCUGCUAUGCAAUGCAUAUCAUACAGUAUAAAGUUCUUAUUAAAAUCUGCUUACCCUUUA